AGGGUGGGGGGGUGGGGGGGGGACUAACCUUUAGUUUUUACUUCCAUGGACAAGAGUAGUGAGAUCAGAGAAACCCGUGACUUCAUGGACGUCGAGUCCUUCUCUCAGCUGCCCUUUAUCCGACCUGCACCACAGGGUAAAGACAAGAGCGGCGCCAUUAGGCUUUUCGGCAAAGAAUUCGGAGGUAAAAAUACUACCACGGAUGACCACUCAGAUCACUCUGCAGAAGGAGAAGCAACCAAAGGAAUGGCCCGUAGCGAUAAUACAGAGAUGAGGAGCAGGAAAUUCGAAUGCCACUACUGCUGCAGGAACUUCCCUACAUCUCAAGCACUUGGUGGCCAUCAAAAUGCCCACAAGAGGGAGCGACAACACGCAAAGCGUGCACAUUUACAGUCUGAAAUGAUGCAUGCAAACUUGUCUGAUUCGCAUGUUUACAGCCUAGUAAAUUAUGGCCGCCACGGAUCAUCAGUGCCAUCUCUUCCUAUGGCUUAUCAUCAUUCUUGGAAUCCCAGCAGCACCCCUUACAGUGCUAACGCCGGUGCCAAAUUUUAUGCAACCCAUAACUCGUAUAGCAUUCAUCAGUUUCAUCAUCAUCAUCCCCAGCCUAUAAAUGGGAGCCCCUUGACUUUGCGGAGAAUUCCACUUUCUCAAAGUUCAUCAGCAUUUGCUUCAGAAACAAUGCACCAGCAGAUUCCAACGUUCACUUCCAAGGAUGACUGCAUUAAGCCAAUUCCAGCAAUAAGAAAUAGUACAAGUCUUCUAACCCCCCAGAGUCGGUUCAGUUAUGAAUCAAAGAGUGGCAUGCAGAAUCACGUGAGUUUGGAUUUGCAUCUAUGAAUCAAGUAUAUGGAUGGAUGGACUCAUAACAAUAUAUCUUUCCAAGCACAGAGAGUUGUCAGUUGAAUAUUUUCUUGGGACUUCAUUGCUGAUUAAUAUGAGGAAUUUCAAGGAGUAAUGCUUGUUAUUGCAUGAGUAAAAUGAUUUGAUGAGCCUCACUUCCAAUUAGUUCAAUUCUCAGUUGUCUUUUGAUCGACCUUAGAGUUAUAUAUGCAACCUACUUAAUGAUUA